UUUUAAAUUUUUUUUAUCUGUUUUGUAUUCAUAUAGUACUGUUUCUUUUGUCUAUGAACAUGUGGUAUAUAAAAUAUAAUCAGUAGUUUUUGUUCUUCUUUACAUCCUCUCUCCAUGACAUGAAUAUGCUCUUUACAGCCAAGUCAUAACAUUUGUUGUUGUUGUGGUCUUAGUAUUAGAAUGGAUCUGAGUUUUGUGUUCUUUGAUAUCCGUCUGGUUUAUUUUAUUUUUCUCGAUCGGCGUGAGUGUGAACAUUGUCCUUUUGUCUGCUUAAGAAAUGUUUACUGAAGUCUCUUCGUUGUGUGCAGGAUUAAUUAGCACAUAUAUUUUGGAAGUAUCGUGACAAUGGGGUUUCUGGAGCUUUUUACCGUGGCAUCUAUGCCGGUGAUCAAAGUACUAAUGAUCACCGCAGUUGGCUUAUUUCUUGCACUGGAUAAUGUGAAUUUAUUGGGAAAAGAUGCAAGGAUACAAGUGAAUCAUCUUGUUCAUUAUGUGUUUAAUCCAGCACUGGUGGGUGGCAAUUUGGCGGACACGAUUACUUUUGAGAAUGUUGUUUCAUUGUGGUUCAUGCCCGUCAAUAUCCUCCUUACGUUUAUAAUAGGCUCUGCCUUAGGAUGGAUCCUUGUCAAAUUAACAAGGCCACCCAAACACUUGGAAGGACUAAUAUUGGGUGUCUGUUCUGCAGGAAAUUUAGGAAACUUGCCUAUAAUCAUUAUCCCAGCUAUAUGUAAAGACAAAGGUAGUCCUUUUGGAGACUCCGAUGUCUGCUAUCGAUAUGGAAUGGCUUAUGCUUCACUUUCUAUGGCGGUUGGAGCUGUUUAUAUAUGGACUUAUGUCUACAACAUAAUGCGAGUUUCCGCAAGUAUAGUCCGCAAAGAAGAUUAUAGAACUAGCUCCUUCAAACUGGAGGCUUCAGGAGAGAUACUAGAGUUACUCCAGGAUGAAGAAACCUCAGAACCCAAAACUCCAGCAAAGGACAAAAUGGAUGAUGCAUACACCGUACUGCUUUCUUCAAAUGAAUCUGAAGACAAAGUGAAGGUACCAAUCACAGUAAAAAUCAAGCAACUAUUUGGAAAGCUUUUAGUGAACUCCAGUUUCAGAGCCAUAUUUUCACCAGCAACUAUUGGAGCGAUUGUUGGCUUUAUUAUUGGUGUAGUCCCACAGAUUCGUAAAUUGAUGAUUGGCAGCGAUGCCCCACUUCAUGUGGUUGAAGACUCUGCUACCAUGCUGGGUGAAGCCGCCGUGCCAGUUAUAACCCUUAUAAUGGGUGCAAACCUCCUUAAAGGCUUGAAGGGAGCAAAUACUUCGUUUUGGACUAUCAUUGGAAUUAUAGCAGUUAGAUAUAUUUUCUUGCCAAUUUUGGGUAUACUUGUUAUUAAAGGAGUAACACAGUUGGGGUUGGUGCAACCAGAUCCAUUAUAUCAGUUCAUACUUCUCCUUCAAUAUGCCCUUCCCCCAGCUAUGGCCAUAGGCACAAUCGCCCAGUUGUUUGGAGCUGGUGAAAGUGAAUGCUCUAUUAUAAUGCUAUGGACAUAUGUUUUGGCAUCAGUUGCGGUCACUCUUUGGUCAACCUACUUCAUGUGGAUCGUGGCUUAAUUUUUUUAUUAUUUGCUAUGGUUAUUAUUUGAUAUUAUUGAUUAUUUUUUUUUGCCAUAUUAGUUAUCUCUUUUCAGCCAGGCUAGUGGAACUACCUACACUAUCUGUAGUUUUAGGCAAGCUUCCUCAAAAAGAUGAAAUCUGCAACAGUUUAGAAAAUUUUACUAAAUAUAUAUGUGUGUACUUUUUUUUAUUUUAUUUUUAUUUAUGAGUAUAUAUGUGUGUACUUAAACAUGAAAUACUUUUUCUAUAGAUGACAUAAGCGGUUUGGCCUGUGUAUGAAUCA